AAGGUGUUUUAAAAUAGAAACAGGACCUGGAAGCAGAUAAUCCAGCCAACUUCAAGACGAUACGGGCCUUCAGUUGUGAAGAGAACAGUUUGUUCAUACGCCGAGCAGCGCGCGACGCGAGGGAAAGAAAGCGCGGAAGUCGACGGUAGUCAGACCAGGUAGGAACUCAGAGACGUGCUUCUGACUGCAAUGAGCUCUAACAACGUCUUUGCACGUUCUUUGAAGCAGUAAACUACAAAAACAACCACCUUUUUUCUGCUGCCAAAAAGUCUUCAGUCCACACGACUCUGCUGCACGAACAGCGUCAACAAAUCCACACGUGAGCACCGCGCGUAACUCACGCGCUCGAAACCCUUCUUUGCUUACACCACAACGCCCUCAGCCAAUGUCAGCGGCCGCUGCCCCCGUCGGAACAAAAGAUUUUGGCUCUGCUCUCCUCGGACUCGGACUGUGGAAUCACGGCAAUUAGACAGACACAAAUACACACCGCGAUGAUUUCUCUGGGCACAAUGUUCUCGGUGGCGAGGAGGUCUGCGCUGCCGUCUUUGUCUUUGCUGUCGGCGCCGGUUACGGGCGUGCGGUUUGUGUCGAUUAUGAGUUCUCUGUCGAACAACCCGGGAGCGUACAGGAAGAAGAAGAGAUUGGGACGAGGACCUUCGAGCGGCAAGGGAAAAACGUCUGGUCGUGGUAUGAAUGGUCAGAAGCAGAAGGAGAAGGUCGCGCGGUGGCAUGAGGGUGGUCAGACUCCUAUGCACAAGAUGCUUCCCAAGUUUGGAUUCAAUGUCUAUCAAAAGAAGAAGUACGUCAAGCUUAAUCUGGACCGAGUGCAGAGCUGGAUCGAGCAGGGCCGUUUGGAUCCCUCGAAGCCGAUCACCAUGAAGCAUUUGCUGGACUCAAGAGCCUGCCGUGGCAUCAAGGACGGCGUCAAGCUUCUCGCUAAUGUACGUAUCUCUGUCUUUACUUGCCAGAUGCAAGUUGCAUGUGCUGAUUUGAAUGUUUCUGCUCCUACAGGGAAAAGAGAACUUCAAGUAUCCUAUCAACAUCACCGUCAACGCUGCCUCAAGAGAAGCUGUCAAGGCCGUCCGGGCCCUCGGAGGAAAAGUAACCUCGCGAUACUACAACCAACUGAGUACGUCCCAUCUCAUACCUCACUUUCCAUCUCUAUACCACAUACUAACAGUUUCUAGCUCUCCGCGCCUUGCUUCAUCCC